UUAAUAGCGUUUACUGUCGACGACGAUGAUGAUGAUGAUGGCGAUGAUGAUGAUGAUGAUGAUGAUGAUAUUGACGAUGGCGAUGAUGAUGGGGGUAGAAGAAGUGAAAAGUAUUGGUACCAUAAAUAGAAAUGAACAACAUUAGGG